CCGAUCUGUCCUCUCCUCUUCCGAUUGGGCGCUCUUUCGAUUAGGGUUUCGUUCGUCAUCGUCGUCGUCACUCUUCUUUUCGAACACCGUCUUCGGUAGAUUUAAGUUAGGGUUGUCGUAUCGUAGGUCAUGGCGACAGCAGAGAUCGAGGCGGCCAUGGCGUCGAUCCCCUCGAAGAAGGAGGAGCUCCGGAAGGCCUUCGAGGCCCUCCAGGCAUUCUCGUCCUGCCUGGCAUCGUUCACCCUUAAGUGGAAGGACCUAGAGGAUCAUCUCGCCUCGAUUGAAAGCCUCAUUGGUGACCGCCUCCGCGAACUCGACUCCAAGUCCCACUCCUCUGUGAAGGCGGAGGCCAACCCGGAGACUGCGCCGGAGGUCGUACCCCGGCGUCAGCUCAGCUCUCUCUGCGUCAACAUGGAUGGCGUGGGACUGAGAUCGUACAUCAUUGUGAACCGGAACGAUAUCGCCGAGAUACGGAAAGAGCUCGGUGCUGCCAUUCGGUUCGCACCAGACCCAGCUAAAUUGGUCCUUGAUGCCAUGGACGGGUUUCACCGCCCAAGAGCCGAAGGAGAGAAGGAUGGGGAUGUGCAGGUGAUUAAGAGGACUUGUCUGAGUCUUUUGGAGCAGGUCCAGAUCUUGGCACCUGAAAUAAAGUCUUCUGUGAAGGAUCAGGCCAAGAAAGUAGCGGUGGAGUGGAAAGGUCAGAUUUUGGAUGACAGUGAUAAAGGGAUGGAUGCUUUUGCUUUCUUGCAGCUCUUGGCAACUUAUAGGUUGGCUUCGGAGUUCAAUACGGAUGAAAUCCUGGAUCUUUUUGUUUUGAUUUCACGGAGGAAGCAGGCUCUUGAACUUUGCAAGAGACUCGGUCUUGUCCAAAAUAUGUCCGAUCUAAUUCAGAAACUGAACAGCAAGAGCAGACAACUUGAGGCUAUCAAAUUUGUCCAUGCUCUUGACUUAUUUGACAAGUACCCUCCAGUACCUCUCUUGGAAGCCUACCUAAGAGAAUCCAGAAAGGCUGCUCAAGGAGCACGAAAGAGAGGAAAUAAUUCUAGUCAGUUACAGAAUGAGGCCAUUUCCAAAGAGCUUGCUGCUGCGAAAGCGGUGAUUAAAACUGUUGAGGAAUGCAAGCUUGAAUCUGAGUUUUCGUGUGAGGAUCUUCAGAAGCGUAUUACUCGGUUGGAGCAACAAAAGGCAGACAAGAAACGAACUGCGACAGCUGCUACUGCCACGAAUUCAAGAACUUCGAAGCAGCAGCAGCCUUCCAAUAAACGGCCUCGAUCAUCUACAACUUUAUCAUAUCCUGUUCGUUCUCACCCUCUUCCUUCAUGUGCUCAAAAUCAGUCCCAUUUGGGUUUGACUGAGCAGCAAUCGUCAUAUGCGGGUUUGGGUCGGUCCUAUGGCCUUACUACAACUGCAGCUCUGUAUGAUGUUGCACUCCCUAGUAUUCCUGGAACCAUCGAACUGAGUGGAAAACCUUCACCAAGGUCUUAUCUUUAUCCAUCAGAGUUCCAUGCUAGCUCCAGUUUGUACAACAGGCCAGCAUCCUACGGCGGCUACCCCAUGUCUGGUUUGGGAACAAGUUAUGGCUCAUCUUUUUACCCACUAGGAUAUCAAAAGUGAAGUUGCUUCUUCACUGAACUUGUAAUAUGCCUGCCAUAUCCUUGGCCUAGUUGCCUUUUGUUUAGAUCAACUUACAAGUGGAGACUUUUGGUUCUUUAUAUUGCAGUGCUCUCAGUGAAGCUGAUCAAAUCAUAUGGAAUACCAUUUAGGAAUUGGAAACAAAUAUUUGUUUUGUUUUAAA